AUGUUCGCUCGUCUCUCUUCCUUUGUUCUCUUGGCUUUGCCUCUCCUUGCGACCGCCACUGCCAUCCUUCCCCGUGAUGACGGUGCGGCCUGCAGUGCUACCGGUAACGCGCAGUGCUGCGACUCUACUCAGAGCCCUACCGACUUGGACUCUGGUGUUCAGACUCUCUUGGGACUCCUUGGAGUCGUCAUUGGUGACCUCACUGGCGAUGUCGGAGUCACCUGCACUCCCAUUACUGUCCUCGGUGUUGGAGGCACCGAGUGCAACAACCAAGUCGUUUGUUGUGAUGACAGCAACUUCAACGGCCUUGUUGCUCUCGGCUGUACCCCCUUCAACAUCGGGCUCUAA